AUGAGAAGGUAACCAUGCGUUUUGAAAUCAACUCACAAUCAAAAUCAAAUCAUAUUUUUUUCAGUACAAAUUUGACACCCACUAAAUCUAAAACUACCAUCGGCAUUGUCAAUAAUAAUGAAAAGAAGAAGUCGAAAUUGAAAAUGUUAUUAUUGUCUUUGGGAGCUGUUAUGGUUACAAUUUUAGCAUUUGCUAUAAUUUCAGUAGCUAUUUAUUUUUCAAAAGCCGAAGAUACUAUAUCUAGUCAAAAUCCAACUAUUGGAAGUACAACAAGUUCAAAACAACACAUUUCAUCAACAGAAACUAUUCCCAAAUCAUCCCUUCCAGUAGAGACUAUUUGUGAAACUGUAGAAUGUCAACAAUUCGCGGAUCACAUGGUAAAUUUUUGAAAGGCAUUUGGGUAGCUGAUUUUUUUUUGAAUCGAGAAUAAUUGUUUUUCACAAAAAAAAAGCAAAACUAAUUGUCCCUAAUACUAUAUUCCAGAAGUUAUUUAUGAAUCAAAGCGUCGAUCCUUGUGAUGAUUUUUAUGAGCAUAUUUGUGGAAAUUAUCCUGAUUCGUGGGCUUCUUCAAAUUUAGGUCAUUACUCAUAUAAAAAUCGAAUACAAUUGUAUAAGUUUGUGAGAAAAUUCAAAGGUGAAACAAAAUCGGAAAAGAUUGCGAUGGCGACAUUUAGAAAAUGUAAAACUACAAGAAACGAUUCGGAAUUGGAUAAAAGUUUCUGGAAGCAGAAGACUAAUAUUGAUUUGACAGAUAUGUUGAUUGAGAUGGCAAAAGUCAAAAUACACAAAAGCGGAUUUUUGAUAAACAACGUAGAUUAUGGAGAUGAAUUGAACAAAAAUAAUGAGAAGUUUUUUACAUUGACAAUUGAGAAAGGUCGAAGAGGAAGAAAUGACAGCAUAGUGAAAAUUGAAGACAUAGCUGACGAAAUCAAAUCAUUUGAUUUGAGAAGAUAUUUGAAAUCAUUGCUACCUGAAGAAAACAGAGAUGAUAAAUUUGAUUGGGUUGUUAAAGUUAAUGUUAAUCAUAUGAAAUCGGUUAGUUUAUUCAGAAAAGUUUUUUUUUCGUCAAAACUAGAAAUAUGUUUAGUUAGAGAAAGUGGUCAAGAAAAAAGGGGUUUCGAGAAUACGCAAAGCGCUUUAUAAAAAAUGGAAGGGAAUUUUGAAUGCAUUUAUUAUUGGUAAUUCAACAAACGUCAAUCUCAAUUGGUUAUGUUUCCUUCAAAUGGAAAAACUAUUUCCUGGCACACUUUUGACAAUGUAUAUCAAACAUUUUGUUGGGGCAGAAAUUCUGAAAAGAAGUAAGAAGCUUUUUGAAACAGUUAAAGAAACUUUCAUCAAAAUUAUCGACGAAAAUGAGUGGAUUGAUGAAAACCUUAAACAUUUAUUGAUUGAGGAAGUGAGUCAUAUAAAAGCAUCGAUUGGAAUUCCAGAUGAACAUGAAAAUCAAGAAAAUAUUGAUAGAAUGUAUGCGAGAAUUGGAGAAGAUUAUAAAAAUCAAUCAUAUUUGACACUUGUUAGAAAUUUAUUGAAAAUGAACAGCGAAGAAACAAUUUUAAGAGUUGCCAGAAUGGAGCAAAUUACUUAUACAUUAAGACCAAAAGGAAGAGUGUCACCCAGCUUCAAUCAAAAGCACCAUCGAUUACGUAAGUUCAAGAUUUAACAGAAAAGUUCAAAGAUUAGCACCUAGAUGGUCAACAAUGUGAGAAACCUCCGAACAGUUAAAAGUUGGUCAAAAGUACAACCCUCGGAAACCAACCCUCGAAUGUUUAACCCUCGUCAUUUUGUACAACCCUCGGCGUUUUCAGAUUUACCCUCGUCAUUUCAAAAAAUUUUUUUUUCAAUUUCAGUUGUCAUUUUUUGAGGCGAUCAAUCCUUGGAUCUAGUUUUUAGGAAAAACUAUAAAUUUUCACACAGUGUCAGAAAUACUUGUUUUUUCAUCUGAAACAUCGAAUUUUGUUGAAAAAACAUUUUUCUUGGGCGUUCACUAAGCCUAAGCUUUAUAAAGAGAAAUGAAGUUUUUUUCCGAAAAAAAAUCAUUUCGAAAAUGAAAAAAUUAAUUUUUGAAAUGCCGAGGGUUGUACUUAUGACCUAAAAGUUUUCUUUCAGUUUUCCCGACUUUCCGAAUGAAUCUUCCUCGAUUACAUGAAAGUUUACCCGAAUGGGUUAUGAUUGCAUCAUUUGCGUCAACUCUCGGACAUGAAAUGGGACAUUCAUUCGAUACAAAACGAUUUGACAAAAAUCAUUUAAUGCAAUCAUAUAAUUUGACAACGAAAACCAAAAAUGAAUUUGAAAAACGUUUGGAUUGUAUAAAACAGCAAUUCAGCUAUUUCAAAUUUCCAGAUGGUAGUUUUGUGAGUUUUCCAAGUAUCGUAAACAUUUCACAUAUUUUUUUUAUAGUCGAAUGGAUCUCGGACAAUAAAAGAAGACACUUGUGAUUCAAUAGGAUUCGAUAUCGCUUACAGAAUUUUCGAAAAUCUGAAACCCGAUGCAAAAUUCAGAAAACUUCCAGGUUUUGAAAAUUCGACAACGGAGCAACUAUUUUUUCUAGGAAAGGGUCAAAUUUUGUGUGCAAAAAAAAUAACACCAGCAGGCAUCGAAGGUUUCAAAAAAGAUGUGCAUAGUUAUGAAAAAUUUCGUGUAAAUGGAGUGAUGGCAAAUUCGAAGGAAUUCGCAAAGGCUUUUGGGUGUGAAAUUGGAAAACCGAUGAAUCCUGAGAAGAAAUGCAAGCUUUUCAGUAAUUAGAUGUUUUUGAAAUGAAGAUUUUAGCCAGAAAUAUAUUUUUUGAGUCGGGCCGGUAAUUUUUCAAAAAAAAAAUUCCAUUCCGCGAAACGUGAACUUCAAUUUGUGAUGGUUAUUUUUAAAUUUUAAAAAUCUGCAAAAUGCAAGAAUCUCAAAAAGAUGUCGAAUCGAAGAAAUCAUCGUUCACGGAAAGAAAGUAGGCUGAUUUUUUGAAACUAAUGAUUUUUCAUAAGAAUUCCAGUGAAAGUUCGCAGAAAAAAUCGGAAUUUUCGAAGAGAACAAAAAUUAUUUUGGCAAUUCUAAUGGCGUUUUCAAUAGUGAUUAUAGUUUCGAUUUUUAUAGCUAUUUUUUAUAUUUUGCAAGGAGAAAACGAAGGAAAAUUGGAAACGGCCGCAUUAGAAAGAGUUGAAACUUCAAGACAAGCUGAAAUUUUCACUACACCCUCUUAUUUUGAAACUUCAACACCAGCUACAAUUUUAACAACAUUCGUAACUUCAAAAUCUUCAAUAUCAGUUCCAACUUCAAAAAUUCCAGUCGCCAAAGUUUGUCGAACUGACGAAUGUCAGAAAUUUGCAAAAAGAAUGGUAACAUUUGCUUCCUCAAAAAUUGUUCUGGAACUUUAAAUUCAAUUUUUUUCAGAAAUCAAUGAUGAACCCAAAUAUCGAUCCAUGUCAAGACUUUUUCGAAAAUAUUUGCGGAAAUUAUCCCGAAAGUAGCACACAAUUUGGAAUUUAUGGUGAACAAUUGUAUGAAAACCUAAUCAAGUUUUUGAAAAUGCUUAAAACUUUCAAACCCGAAACAAAAUCGGAAAAAAUAGCAAUGGUGACAUUUGAAAAAUGUAAAAAUACAAGAGAAGAUUUGGAAUUAGAUGAAAGUUUUUGGAACCGAAAUGAUGAAGAUCUAACAGCUAUAUUGAUUGAGAUGGCGAAAAUUAAUUUGAAUAAACCAGGAUUCCUCAAAAAUUAUAUAAAUUAUGGGAAAGAAAUCAAAAAAAAUCAGAGAUUCCUAACUCUUACAAUAAUUAAAGGAUUUGAAUUUGGAACUGAAAUUGAAAAAGCCUGGAAUUCUUCAACAUCAUAUUAUUAUUUGUCAGAAAUGGGGAAUGCGAUUGAAUUAGCGGCUGAAAUUCAAAGUUUUGAUUUGAAAAAAUAUGUGAGAAACUUGUUGCCGGAAGAAAAUCGCAAUGAUAAAUUUGAAUGGAAUGUUCUAGUUUCAAAACAUGAUUUAACUCGAUUAGAUGCAGUUGUAAAAGUUUUAGGUGAGAUUCAGAAAAUUUAGAGACUUUCAAAGAGUAUGCUGAAACUCUGAACAAUUUUAAGGUGUCCCGAAAAUUCGCCAAAUUUUGCUUAAAACUUGA